AUGUUUGCAGUUACCGUGGAAAAGAGGGAUACAGACACCCUCAUCCCAUUGAUCCUGAAAUUCAUCAAGCCAGGGUCAAUCAUCAGGAGCGACCACUGGCCUGUCUACUUUGGAAUUGAAGACCUUGAGAUGGACCUUGGAGAUGGUUUGUCCCUUCCACUGUAUGAGUGGGAGGGAGUUAAUCACUCGCUGCACUUCAAGGACCCAGAGACUGGGGUGCACACCAACACUAUUGAGGGCACCUGGAAUGGUGUCAAAAGGUCCAUCCCUGUCCGUCGCAGGACCAAGAAGCAGGUUCAAGGCUGCCUCUUUGAGUUCAUUUGGAAGCGCCGCAAUGAAGGGAAUCUCUGGAAUGGCCUCUUGGCAGCUCUCAGAGACGUCAAGUAUGACUACUAG